CUGCUGCUGUGUGGAAAUGAGGUUGCUCGACGGUGCAAAGUGGUGAGGGUGUGAGACGUGUGCGCCAAGGCUGGGGGUGGGCCGGAGCGGCGCAGUGCGAGCGCAAUAGCAAAGCUUCGCAGUCUGGAUUCGUGAGAUUCGUCCAAGUCGUGAUGUCGUGGAGUCGUAAUUUCUUCAAGCAAAGGUUGCGGUGUAGAGUAGGAUGAGAGAAAGGACGCGCCUUGAAAGGCUUCCAUCACGAUUUUUUUGGCUGCACACCUUUCGAUCUGUUAGCUGGCCGACAAGUCCUCUUGCCAAGCUGCUUGGAUGAGCUCGAGUUUGGAUGCUCAUCUACAUGCACGUUGGCUGUCCAAGUGGUGUUGCAUUUGCACGCAUCUCGACAGAUGGGCUACUGCAAGAUCGCCGGUGUUGUCGUGUGCCAAGAUGCGAUGAAGCCAGCAUCGUGCGUCUUUGGCGGGCCCUGACUGCCAUCCAACGGCCAACGGUCGACCUGCAUCUUCUCACCCGCCUGUCACGACGUUGAAUAGGCUGCUCGCCUCCCGCACCACCUUGGCUUGGCCAUGUCUGUGAGCCUUCCGCUGGCAGUACCACAGACAACGCAUCGUGUUGCGAGAGCUUUUGAUUUUGAUGUGCGACUCUGCACGAAGGCAGGAUGAGUGAAUGCUAUAGAGCAGAUCAAGUCGAAGGCAUGCAAGCUCAAGAUCUUAUGAGAGAGAUGUUGUUUGUUGUAUUGCAAGCCUCUUGCAGUCAUAGUCUGAGUUUUAGUGUUGGACCAUCCCAAGUCACGUGAGCUGCAACAAAGCCCUUCCUCUCGCUGACGCUAACUUUUCCCAUUCAUUCGAUUUGCUCUAUCAGGAGGUUGACCACUCACGACUGAUGAGCGUGCUUCCCGUUUCUGCGGCCUGGCCUUCUGCUGCCGAAUACGGUGAGAGGGUGCAUGCGCUCUUCUUUCUCUUUUCCCUCGUGCCCUCAAGAGCCAGCGGAGUGGCGGGCAAAGGGACGCAGAGGUGCGGCUUCCGCAUCAACGUCCCAGUCACCGUUUGACGCAAGUCUGGCGUCUGCUGUGUUUGGUCAAGGCACUUGCAAAGGCCCGCGAGCUGUGCCUCUCACUCUGAAGACGUGGGCCAGGAUGGAGAAGCGGGGGGGUGUGGGAGCUAGACCAACGGCAGAUCUCUCUCAGGAUAGGAUGAGCCCAGCACUGAAAUCGCGGCGUCAAGUCAAGUCAAGCCAUCGAGUCUCACGUCGAUCGAAGUAGUCGUGGUGGGUCUGAG